AUGGAACUAUCGCCACUAGCAAACGCGCGGGAGUUCGUUCAUACUCCUCACACCUGUUAUCACGACUUGGGGCAGCAAUCUGUUACUGAUAAAGGAUUUGAUACAAGCUUCGCGGCCAAUUAUCUAGGAGACUGGCUGUUGACCAUGCUGCUAUUAAAGGACCUUGACUCCGACAACGGCCGUAUCGUCGUCUUUGGCAGUAGCUCGUACGAGUAA